AUGUCGUUGUCACAUAUCACUUUAUUGCAUUGUGUUAAAGGCUAUGUUUUAUUUGUUGUUAAAUUGUACCAUAAAAGCGUGCUUACAGAUUCGCCAAAGCUUUUUACUUCAACAACUUCAACGACAACAAAUGUAAAUAAACAAUUAUUUGGUGGCUUCCCUACUUCUACAACAGCUACACCUUUUGCUUUUGUAUCUAGUGGAUUGUCUAGUAAUGCGUCUACAACUAGUAGUAAUGCUACAGAUAAACCAACCAGUUUUGGAAGGUUUAAUUUUCCUGGUGCCUCUACCACAACCUCAACUACAACCAAUGUCCCAGCAUUAUCAUUUGGUGCCAGCACUUCUCAACUUACUACUAAACCAACUUCUACCGGUACUGGUUUAACAAGUUUUGGCGGAUCAACUCCUGGUAGUAACUUCCCUGCUGUUAAUGCUUCGAAUAACUUUGGAUCUACUUUUCAAACUGGUACAUUUGGGAGUGGAAGCUUAUCUAGUAAUGUUGGUGGUCCUACCAACACCACUACAGGUUCAUCGGGAUUAUUUACCUUAGGAGGUGGCGGAGAAAUUUCAAAUGUUAGCUCUACCCCUACAACUAGUUCAUCAGGAUUUUCUUUUGGAGGUAGUAAUUUUUCCACUAAUUCUACCUCUGCAACUACUGGAUCAUCAGGAUUUACUUUAGGAAAUGCAGGUGGAUUUUCCACCCUACAAAAAAGUACAUUUGGUAAUUUCACAACAACAGGAACUAUUGUUCCCACCACCACUACUGCUACUACAACUAAUGCACCAUCUGCAUUUAGCGGACUAAUCAAACCUGCCGAAACUGCAGCACCCACUGCAGCAUCUACUGCAGCAUCUACUCAAAACUUCUUUUCUGGUUUUAAACCAAAUAUUGGCGGAUUUGGACAAACCGCGAAUGUAUCAACAGCUGCAACUGGUUCUACUACUACACCUCAACCUUUAUCAUUCAACACAUCAGGUUUUAAUGCCAAUAAAGGCAAAGAUAGUAUAUUAGGAGGUUUUGGUGCCAAUACUAAAUCAACCUUUCCUACAUCAUCAUUGUCUACCAACACAUCCACACCCACCACCACAGCUCCCCCAAAAUUUCCUUUAUUUGGAAUAACCACUCCAACUUCUACCACAACUGCUGCUGCUGAUACUAAUGUAAUAAAAUCAGCUUCCCAAUCAAGCAGUACAAAUACCACUAAUGCUCCUGCUUCUAAUAAUACAACCACCACUGCUGCACCUUCAAUGUUUUCUGGACUUUCCACACCAAAAACUCAAGGACAAAGCCUAUUCUCAAGAAUCGGAGGAGGUUUUACCUUUCAGCAUCAGGCUAAACAGAUUUUGACAGGCAACCUUAGUUGA